AUGCGUUCGAGUGCCACUGUAGGCCUUACCCCUCAGCAGCUGCUGGACCGUCGUCGUGCGCAGAAUAAGCUGGCGCAGAGACGCUUCCGAGAGAAGGCGCGCAUGGCGCGAUCGGCUGGUUUGGAUGUUCCGUCAUCGGACCUGCCUGCUUUCCCCUCGCACCUUGGUUUGACUCGUGCCACUUCAAUGCCUCCUCGCAAGGUGAGUAUGGCACCCAGAGUCCGCUCAUCUUCUUCCGACUCCUCUUCGUCGUCUUCGUCGUCAACAGUCUCGCUCUCAUCGCAGGUGUCGAGCCCGACAACGUCAUGCACAGAGCUCAACACUCGCACCGGGCCGUAUUUCCACGACAUGCAACCUAACAAGCUGACGGCUGUCGCCGACAUGCCGCCUACAUCUGGCUUCCCGGUCCACGAGAUCAAGUCUGAGCUGAACAUUCCCGAAACGUGUGUCUACAUGCCAUCACCGCCGGCACCUACCACGUUCCUUGCGCCCAGCUACGCAUCGCUGAACGCUGUUUUCCCGCAACAGCUUCCUCUGAUGCCGCAGCCGCCCCCGUCGUCCGAGCCACUCACCUACGCGAGCCUGGCCGGUUCGAAUCGCAACAUCGGGCUCAAGAUGAUCGGCAUCCACGCUGGCCCUUCCCUGAUGAAUCAGCCGCAGCCGAGCGCGUCACUGCCGCUGUGGCCGUCGCGCUUGCACUCGAUCCUUCCAAGUGCCACUGCGGAACGUGUACCCCAGGAUGUCCCUCAACACAGUCAGCCGCUGUUCUCAACUUCGUUUGAGAACCUGCUUCGCUUCCUUUCAGAGCCGUCUUCGACAAGUUCGAGCGCGGGCGAUGACUUCAGCGUCAGCGCGGCGUGCUUCUCUCCCGCGACUGCAGCUACUUCGCUGUCCGAUUCCGAAACCUUGUCGCUUUUGUUGCUCUCGAACAAGCUCCACACAUCAGACAGCGACGCCGAGGCCGGCCGCUGUGCAGCUGUGCACAUGGACAAGGCUAUCUCUUAG